UAUUUACCGAAAUCGAAACUUCUGUCAAGACUGUCGCAGUCUCACAUUAUUUGCGAACUUAAUUUGACAAGAUGUGUGCCAUCACUGUCUCUGACAAAUAUACAAUUAAAAAAGGCAUUGUUUAUGUCCAAGAUUUAAGAGGUGGUGCCUCCCUAGUAAAAUAUAACGUAGUGCCUUUAUUGGAACUUUUCAGAUAAGAUUUACUGAAUUAUAUGAGUGAAGUUUGUUUUAUCUGAUCUUUCAUCUCUAACAGAAUGCUGAUAAGUUUGGAGAUGAGUGUGAAAAAUUAUCCCUCAAUUUAGGAUAAUAGUGAUAAUGUGGAAGUAUGAAGGAAAACUUGGGACUAUCUGAAAAUCAUGGAUUGGAAUGGGCUGCUGAUUGAAUUUGACAUCGAAUUGAGACAUCAAUUUUUAAAUCGGAUGCUAUUCUUCAAGCAAAUCCAGGCUAAAAAUAUCUUCAGAGAUUGAUUUUAUGACUGAUAUUAUGACUGAAUCCUGAACAUCUUUGAACAUAAGAGCUUAAAGCUGCACAGGGAGAAAAUUCUGAUUGGUUUAGCCGUUUUUGUUUCUGCUUGCAUAAUUCAAUGCAUCGGAUCAACUCACACAACCAUUAUACCAACUACUCAGACGCCACAACCCGAGUAUUACCCGAUGCCCAAGGAUUGCGAAGAAGUUCGCAGAAAUGGCCACAAUGUGAGCGGAGUGUACACCGUGUACCCCAGGAAUAGAAUUGCCAUGUGUUCCGUCGCAGUGUAUUGUGACAUGAAGACAGAAGGGGGUGGAUGGACGGUAAUUCAAAGAAGAGGAAAUUUCGGAAAUCCCAUUAAUUAUUUCGCUAAGAUGUGGCAACAAUAUAAAUACGGAUUUGGCUCUUUGGAGAAAGACUUCUGGUUAGGUAACGACGCUAUCUUUGCUCUCACCAACCAAGGCGCCUAUACCGUUCGAUUCGAGUUGCAGAAUGCGAAUGGAGUGUAUGCUUAUGCCACUUAUGAUUCCUUCUACAUUGAAGACGAGCAGAACAAGUACAAGCUGCACAUAAGCGGUUACAGUGGGAAUGCUGGCGAUUCUAUGUAUUAUCACAACGAAAACUUCUUUUCCACUCCUGACCGGGACAAUGACCGCACCAGCAAUUACAACUGCGCCAAAGACAGAUCGAGCGGAUGGUGGUUCAACUACUGCAUGACAUGCAACCUGAACGGACUCGCAUGGAAAGGCCCAUAUAAAGGCACCAACGACUUCAAUGACGGUAUCGAAUGGCAGAGCUUCAUGGGAGCUAAGAAUUCUCUGAUUAGUACCGAGAUCAAAAUUCGACCAAGAAUAUUUUGCACCAAAUAUAAUGUUGAGGGUGCCACCACUCCGAAAUUAUAAUCUUGGAUUUUCUGUAUAUGCAUUCAUUUUUUUUUUUGUUUUGAUCUUACAAAUCGUAUUCAGAAAUCAUCUACUUUUACUGAUUAUAUUGUCAGCACCAACUCAAGUUGAUAAAAUUUCUAAAAACUCUAGAAGUAUUAUUUCCUUUUGGAUUGUUCUGAAUAUGAUUCUAAUAUAUUUAAAAUAAUAUAUAAAGAAGUUAGUUUUAAACGUUAUAUUUAAUGUUAAAAAAACUGCCAAAAAGGACAAGAUUCGGAACUUAUUGUAUGGUUUAUUAAUAGAUAUGAUAAUGAAACGAUUAUUAGAAACAAAAUAUAUUUCAA